AAUACAGAUAAAUAUUCGUUAGAAUCUUACAAUUAAACAUUUUUUGAAGCUUCCUGUUUUUUAACAGUUUAAGAUGUGGAGACCAUGGAAAACAAUACAGAAUUUAGAAGACGAACUACCGUAUAAUCUGCGACGCUUACUGUGAAUAGUGUUUUAACCCUAGAAGUGACGAUUUCUUAAGUGCUUUAUUAUUAUAUAUUUAAUAUUUUGUAUAUUAAUAAUUCGAAAAAUAUUGAAAAUAUACUUACAUCCCGCUUGUUAAUAUAGUUAAAUAAAUUCCUGAUCGGCAGGGUGUUCUAUAAACAGUAGGCAAAGUUAGUCAUGGGGUCGGUUGUAAAAGCACUAUAUUUCUGGUCGAAGUAUAACGCGUUUUGCUGGAUUCAAAACAUACUUUGGCCCUUCGAGCCGGAUUUGACCUGCAUCCCAAAAGCGAAGACGUUUAAGACAUACGUCCAUACGAAGUUUUCUUUUCAAUUAGAAAGCACCCCGUAUAUACGGGGCGAUUUCGGUAGAAAGCGCGACCAUUGAAAUCCGAACAAUGGCAUUACGCAAGCACGCAUUGUUUCGCAACGCGGCGGCGGCGCGAAUCAAACGCGCGACGUCCUUAAUCCGCGGAUUUCGGCGGCUUAAGGCGGCUCGGAUAACCGCGCCAGCGGCGCGCGGUGCGCCACUAGGUGUUUGACUAAUUCGACUUUUUCGUAAUGCCAAUAAAUUUUACAUAAUAUUAAUAAAGACCCAACAAUAAAACGAAAAUAUUAUUACGCACAUUAAACUUUAAUGCAAUAUGAUUAUUAUACAGGGUUUUCACAACAAAACCAAAUUUACAAACAGUUUUUAAUUAAAUCAUGAAAACACUACACAAAAUGUAGAAACAUUUGAAACAUUUGAAAUGAUUACAUUUAAGUAAAUUUUAAAAAAAUACAGGGUGUCCCAAAAGCAACAAUUUAACAAAAAAAAAGUUAUUGUUAUUGGAUUUUUAAAAAUAUUUAAGUUUGUUUGCUUGAAAGAAACGAAAUUAAACAAAAACAGGGUUUUUAUACAUCUAAAGUAUCAUUCAGUUAAGACUUUGGUCUGUUUUUGUUAUAAUUGUUUGCCAUAAGAGCGUUCAUUGAAGGUUUUGAUUUAAAGUUAAUCUUAGUGUCAAAAGAGCAUAGCAAACAAACGUUAUGACAUAACAUAUUUAACAACUUCUUUCAUGAAUCAAAUUUAAGUUACAAUAGCGCUCUAUAAAAAAGAGAAAACAAAUUUAUUUAACAUUUUUCUCCGGUUUUUUUUGCCCACCCGGUAGGUUCUUUAAAAAUUAUUUUUAUAAAAUGGAGCCGGUGGGAGCAAGAUUGUAACACUACAUGUUACUUAUCAACAGCAUCCCUAAAUUACGCCAAAAAUUGCUUGCUUGAUUGCUUGAUAAAUUACAAACAUAGUUUUUUGGGCUAUUUUUUUAAUAUGACUCAAAAGAACGUAGAAUUUUUUUAAGGACGAUUGCCUUUUAGAGUAAUUUACUUAGCAUAAAAUUAGACUCAAAACUUUCCUUUAGUGGAUUUCCGCAUUUCGAAUUUUAUCAAAAGAAAAUUUCUUUUAAAAAAAUCCCCUCCACGGAAAAUUGUAUAAAUACAACAUUCCCAAAAUGACACUGACAACAAACGUUACAAAAUUGUUGAUGACGUUUCCAUGGUAACAAAACGAUUUCGAUUUAAAUCGCUUAUUUUGAUUGUCGCGGCCUACUUAAUUAGUCUGCGAUAAGGAAAACGUUCAUUGUACGAAAUGUAUUAUGGGUUCAUUUCGAUACUAUUUCAAUACUCUUGAACGCGGGAAACGCGAUCGGGAGGCGCUACGCCACUGGCGGACGACGCUAAACCCUCCGAAUCAUCUCGAGAUCAUUCAAUCGAUCUACGUGAUGCGUUCGUUGACGAUCUUCGCGCUCCUCGUCGACGUGGGCGUCUGCUUCCUCGGCAGGAAACGUCUGGGGCUGCUGCCGCCCACGGAGACGCGCGCCAGCCCGCGCGUUUCGACCGGCCGCUUUCCGCAGAGGCUCGACCACUUUAGCCACGUCGACAACCGCACCUGGCUCCAGAGAUACUACGUCAACGACGAGUACUUCGACGCGGCGUCGCGAGACCGCGUUUUCCUGCAGAUCGGCGGCGAGUCCGCCGCCUCCGUCGGCUGGAUGACCUUCGGCUCGUGGGCGGAGUCCGCCCGCGAGUACGGCGCCCUGAUGUUCAUGCUCGAGCACCGCUUCUACGGGGAGAGUCACCCGUUCGCCGACACCAGCGUUGAGAACCUCCGCUACCUGUCCACGCACCAGGCCCUCGAGGACGUCGCCGCCUUCGUCGCGGCCAUGAACGUCGAGUACCGCCUCGCGGACGACGUCAAAUGGAUCCUCUUCGGCGGCUCGUACCCCGCCAGCAUGGCCACGUGGCUGAGACAGAAGUACCCGCACCUGGUGGCCGGCGCCGUCGCCGCCAGCGGCCCCCUCGAAGCCGUCCUCGACUUUAGCGAUUACCUCCAGGUGGUCGCGGACGACUUGCGCAGCCACAGCGAGCGCUGCGCGACGAACCUGGGGCUCGCGUUCGAACAACUCGCCGACUUCCUGGUGCCCGGCCGCGACGCCUCCGUUUACGCUUACGUGGACGGCGCGCUGGACCUCUGCAACCCGAUAGAAACGAGCCUGGACGCGCCAAAGGACGUGGCGAUGCUCCACGAGAUGCUGGUGGACGACAACUUCGCGGCGGUGGCGCAGUACAACAAGAACUACAACCGGGCCGUGUCGGUGGACGACCUCUGCGAGAUCCUCGUCGACGAGGACGCGGGCACGGUCCUCGACAGGCUGGGCGAGGUCAACAGGCUCGCGCUGAAGAGGUCGGGCAAGAGCUGCGUCGACUACAAGUACGACAACGUCGUCGCGCAGCUGCGCGACGUCACUCUCAGCCCGUCGACGAUGAUGAGGCAGUGGCUGUACCAGACAUGCACCGAGUUCGGUUUCUACCAAACGUCGAACCAGGAGACGAAGGUUUUCGGAGACAGACUGCCGCUGUCGUUCUUCACGGGCCUGUGCGGCGACGUCUUCGGCGACGGCUUCGACGAGGGCGUCGUUGCGGCGGCCGUCGCGACGACCAACACGCGCUACGGCGCCAAGGACGCGCGCGUCACCAAUGUGGUGCACGUGCACGGCUCUUUCGACCCGUGGCAUCCGCUGGGAGUGACCCGGACCCGCGACGACGCUUCCCCCGCCUUUCUGAUAAACGGCACAGCGCAUUGCGCCAACAUGUACCCCGAGACCGACGGCGACCCGGAGGAGCUGAAGAAGGUCAGGCGCGAGGUGCACAGAUUGAUCGGCGUCUGGUUAAGCACGGCCAAAUCGCCGGCCGUUUCGAACGAUGGCUCCGCGAUACCUAUCGUCGCCGCCUUAUCGCUAAUGCUUGCACUUAAAUGAAUAAAACCGUUGUUAUCGGCAUAACUAAAUCCGUAGCAAAUGCGUCAAAAAUUAAUUUAAGCCAAGUAAUGGACAGCGCCAUCUCAUUGCUGGUGGAUUAAGUUAUUUCGUGGAUAAAUAUGACUCGUUUUGUUUCCACGUCGAAAACCUGUUACAGCAAGACCAUUUAACAGACAAUUUUGCAAUUGCGAGAGUGGCAUCUAUUUCUUGUCGUUAUUGUCGGCAAUCAACGAAAAGAAAUUAUCGGCAAUUAGUU